AUGGCGUAUCCGGAGAGUGCACGUGCAUAUGUCCUCGCGCAGUAUGGCCGCGUAUACGUAGACGGGCUCGCUCGACGGGUUGGAAUUGCGGGAGGUGCCUGUGCUGCCGCCCCAGGGGACGGAGGUGUUAGUGAAGAUCAAGGCCGUUUCUCUUCAGUACCGCGACCUAAUGGUCAUCCGUGGCGAGUUUCCGCCCCCCAAAACCUGACGCCCGGCUCCGAUAUGGCCGGUGAAGUCGUCGCGCUCGGCCCAGACGCGAAGGGAUGGGCCCUCGGGGACCGCGUCACGGCAAGCUUCUUUCUCCAUCGCACCGGCGACAACUACAACACCGACAUCAUGAACAGCGCCCUCGGCGCACCCGUCAGCGGUGUCCUCCGCGAGUACUGCGCGUUCCCUGCCCAUUCACUGGUUGCGGUCCCGGAGCACCUCUCGUUUGAGGAGGCAGCGACCCUGCCCUGUGCCGGCGUCACUGCGUAUAACGCGCUGUUUGGCGGGCCGCGGCCGCUGACGGCGGGUGAGACGGUGUUGAUCCAGGGCACUGGUGGGGUGUCAAUUUUCGCGCUGCAGCUUGUGAUCGCUGCCGGCGCCCAGGCGAUCGUGAUUUCGUCGUCGGACGAGAAGCUCGCGGUCGCGAAAAGGCUCGGGGCGGCUCACGGAAUAAACUAUAGCCACACGCCUGCGUGGGACGAGGAAUUGAAGAAGCUGACGGGCGGGCAAGGUGUGGAUCGCGUAGUUGAGAUGGGCGGAAAUACGACGCUCGAGCGCUCGCUCUCGGCGGUCAAGACGGGUGGGCACAUCCAUCUCAUCGGACAACUUGGCGGCAUCGACGAUGUCCCCGCCGUGAGCGUCGUCGUGCCCGCGAUCUGGAAGGAGCUGCACAUCCGCGGGAACUCGAUCGGCAGCGUUGCGCACUUCCGGUGCCUCCUCCGCGUGCUCGCGGCUCGCCCGGAGAUGACGCGGCCCGUGAUAGACCGUGUGUUCGACUUCGCGGACGCGCGUGCGGCGCUGCAGUAUGUUGGGAAGCAGCAGCAUGUCGGGAAGGUCGUCGUGCGCAUGUAG